CGGCGGAGCACCCUGCGCGGCGGCAGCCUCCUCCCUUCCCACCCUCCACCCCUCCCCGCCGCCGCCCGGCGCUGGCGGCAGGCGACCGCCCCUGGGUGCCCGCGGUCCGCGGUGUCGGGGAGCGGCGGCUCCGCUUUCCGCCCGCGGAAACUUUGGCCGGCGCGCAAGGGGGAGGAUGGAGCCGGGGGAGCCCGCGGGGGCGCCCCUCAACCGGUCCCGAGCUGGGGCUGAGCCGCCCCGGGCGGAGUUCAACCUCUCCGGGCUGCCCGAGGCGGAGGGGAAGCCCCUCUUCGGCAUCGGCAUCGAGAACUUCAUCACCUUGGUCGUCUUCGGCUUGAUCUUCACUCUGGGGGUGCUGGGCAACUCGCUGGUGAUCACGGUGCUGGCGAGGAGCAAGCCAGGCAAGCGCCGCAGCACCACCAACAUCUUCAUCCUCAACCUGAGCAUUGCCGACCUGGCCUACCUGCUCUUCUGCAUCCCCUUCCAGUCCACAGUCUACGUGCUCCCCACCUGGGUGCUGGGUGCCUUCAUCUGCAAGUUCAUCCACUACUUCUUCACCGUCUCCAUGCUGGUGAGCAUUUUCACGCUCUCGGCUAUGUCGGUGGACCGCUACGUGGCCAUCGUGCACUCCCGACGCUCCUCGGCCUUGCGUGUUUCCCGCAACGCCCUGCUGGGCGUGGGGCUCAUCUGGGCGCUCUCCUUCGCCAUGGCCUCACCUGUGGCUCACCACCAGAGCCUCUUCCACCGUGACGCCAGCAACCAGACCUUUUGCUGGGAGCACUGGCCCAACCCACGCCACAAGAAGGUCUACGUGGUUUGCACUUUCGUCUUCGGCUAUCUGCUCCCGCUGCUGCUCAUCUCCUUCUGCUACGCCAAGGUUCUUAAUCAUCUGCAUAAAAAGUUGAGAAACAUGUCAAAGAAGUCAGAAGCAUCCAAGAAAAAGACAGCACAGACUGUGUUGGUGGUGGUAGUGGUUUUUGGCAUCUCCUGGCUGCCGCAUCACGUGAUUCAUCUCUGGGCUGAAUUUGGAGUUUUCCCACUGACUCCAGCCUCCUUUCUCUUCAGAGUAACUGCACACUGCCUGGCUUACAGCAAUUCUUCUGUGAACCCGAUUAUAUACGCAUUUCUCUCGGAAAAUUUUAGGAAGGCCUACAAACAAGUCUUCAAGUGCCAGAUAGGUAAUGAGUCACGUCUGAAUGAUGCUAAGGAGAAUAAAAGUCGCAUAGAUACACCACCAUCUACCAACUGUACACACGUGUGAACGUUGAAAAGUCCUGCAUGUUGGCUCUUCAUUUGUGUGAACUGAACACCAAGAAAACAAAGCACAAUGAGCUUUAUCCUGGUUUGUCUUGAUAAAGCUAAUUGGUAUUUAAUGUACUGAAGUUGCGUUUGUGGCAAGUUUGUGAAACUGGUAUGAGAGAAAACUGGGCUAACCCUUUCCAUCUUAGAUAGCUUUGUCAAAGGAAGCUCUUGGACCUUUGAAAGAUAGUUGAGGAAAAAAUGUUGGAGAUUAUAUGUCUGUAUUCCUACUCACUAAGUAUACGGUGUGUAAAUAUUCAAAUAUAACAUAUAAGAAGGAAAUGUUGAUAUGGAAAAGUAACUUUCUGACAUGUUACUCCAUCAAAGUGAAGAAAUGGCUGAAUUUUCUGUCUUACGGAUAAUAAAUGCCAUACUAUGAAUUCAGGGAGGAAAACUUUUUUUCUCUCUUCAUAUUGUUUUGACAGUGCUCUCUCUCUUUUUAAAGUAAAGGUGGGCUCUGAUUUGGUGUUGAAAUAACCAGUGUACAACUUGAGGCAAUUGCUUUAGAAAGGAAACGCUAAUUUUAUCUGUUUAGCUGUCUAUUUAAUGUAACAUACUGAGUAAUGAUGGACUUUUUUGCACUUCAUAUGCCUGCCUUACUGUAUACACAGAACUUUUGUGUAUGCUAUAUCAGGUUUUGUUUAUAGCCUGUAUGUAGUUGUACCAAAAUGAGGAUUUGUGUCUGUCUGAGAGAAGCUUUUCUUCAUGUUGCAUGUGCAUGUAGGUGUAUGUUUUGUUAACUUUAUGGACUUUGAGAUGGAGAUACAGUUUUAAAUGUGCAAUAUAUACAUAUGUUUUAAAAUAUUAAGUUCCAUAAAGCAACUCUGGGCAAUGUUUAAGUGUUUAAAAAUAGCAUUCCCUUAAAAGUUGUAGAAGAGGUUUCGUAUCAUGUGUCUCUAAAUUGGAAAAAAAGAUGCAUUUAUAUUAUAAAGUAUAUAAGGUAAACUGCCCUAUUCUGAAAAUUCCUAAAUAACAUGAGUAGUUUCAGCAAUUUUAUAAAAGCACUUAAUAUGUCUUUAAGUGGUAAACCGCUAAAGAAAUAGCAGAAGUGCACUCAGUCCUUUGAGAACAUUAUUGUUAGCUGGAGUAAGACAUGCUUUUACCUUAUUUAUUAAUGACCCAUAGACCCAUAGAGUAAAUUAAUUUUAAGGAACUUCUGUAUAUCCUCUCAAGGCAGGGCUACCCUCAGAGCCGGAUUGUUUCCUUCUCUAGGCAAGUUUCCACAAUUUCCAAGGAUAGUGAUUCAGCAAUAUUUUUGGGCAACUUUUGCGAGGGCUUAAUAACCUUCACCAAAAUAUUUUUUCUUAUCCCCAGUUGGGAUUUCCCUUGAUGUAGCUGGUAACUGUUGCCUUCUCUCCUUUCAA